CCUUAGGGCCUCCAACCAACCUGUUUCAGCCACCUCGUCGUCCUGGCCUUGGGACUGUUGGAAAACCAAUUCGACUGUUAGCCAAUCACUUUCAGGUUCAGAUUCCUAAAAUAGAUGUGUAUCACUAUGAUGUGGAUAUCAAACCAGAAAAACGGCCCCGUAGAGUCAACAGGGAGGUAGUAGAUACAAUGGUGCGGCAUUUCAAGAUGCAGAUAUUUGGUGAUCGACAGCCUGGCUAUGAUGGCAAAAGAAACAUGUACACAGCACAUCCACUGCCAAUUGGACGGGAUAGGGUUGAUAUGGAGGUGACCCUUCCAGGUGAGGGUAAAGAUCAAACCUUUAAAGUGUCUGUUCAGUGGGUGUCAGUUGUGAGCCUUCAGUUACUUUUAGAAGCUUUGGCUGGACACUUGAAUGAAGUCCCAGAUGACUCAGUACAAGCACUUGAAGUUAUCACAAGACACCUUCCCUCUAUGAGGUAUACUCCGGUGGGCCGUUCCUUUUUCUCACCUCCUGAAGGUUACUACCACCCUCUGGGAGGGGGCAGGGAGGUUUGGUUUGGCUUUCAUCAGUCUGUGAGACCUGCUAUGUGGAAUAUGAUGCUCAAUAUUGAUGUAUCUGCAACUGCUUUCUACCGGGCUCAGCCUAUCAUUGAGUUCAUGUGUGAGGUUUUAGACAUUCAGAACAUCAAUGAACAGACCAAGCCACUAACAGACUCCCAGCGAGUCAAGUUUACCAAAGAAAUCAGAGGUCUUAAAGUUGAGGUGACCCACUGUGGACAGAUGAAACGAAAGUAUCGAGUCUGUAAUGUGACUAGACGGCCAGCCAGUCAUCAAACAUUUCCUUUACAGCUAGAAAAUGGUCAAGCUAUGGAAUGUACAGUAGCUCAAUAUUUUAAACAAAAGUAUAGUCUGCAGCUGAAAUACCCCCAUCUUCCCUGUCUCCAAGUGGGACAAGAACAAAAACAUACAUACUUGCCACUUGAGGUCUGUAAUAUAGUGGCAGGACAGCGAUGUAUAAAGAAGCUCACAGACAAUCAGACUUCCACAAUGAUCAAAGCAACCGCAAGAUCUGCUCCUGACAGACAGGAAGAAAUCAGCAGACUGGUGAAGAGUAACAGCAUGGUGGGUGGACCUGAUCCAUACCUUAAAGAAUUUGGUAUUGUUGUCCACAAUGAAAUGACAGAGCUCACGGGCCGGGUGCUCCCAGCACCAAUGCUGCAAUAUGGAGGCCGGAAUAAAACAGUAGCCACACCCAACCAGGGUGUCUGGGAUAUGCGAGGAAAGCAGUUUUAUGCUGGCAUUGAAAUUAAAGUUUGGGCAGUUGCUUGUUUUGCACCUCAGAAACAAUGUAGGGAAGAUUUACUAAAAAGUUUCACUGACCAGCUACGUAAAAUCUCCAAGGAUGCAGGAAUGCCCAUCCAGGGUCAGCCGUGUUUCUGCAAGUACGCACAAGGUGCAGACAGCGUGGAGCCCAUGUUUAAGCAUCUGAAAAUGACAUAUGUGGGCCUGCAGCUAAUCGUAGUUAUCUUGCCCGGGAAGACACCAGUAUAUGCGGAGGUGAAACGCGUUGGAGAUACCCUCCUGGGCAUGGCCACACAGUGUGUCCAAGUAAAAAAUGUAGUGAAGACCUCACCCCAAACCCUUUCCAAUCUUUGCCUGAAGAUAAAUGCAAAGCUCGGAGGAAUUAACAAUGUGCUUGUACCUCAUCAAAGGCCCUCGGUGUUCCAGCAGCCCGUCAUUUUCCUGGGAGCGGAUGUCACGCACCCCCCUGCGGGGGAUGGGAAGAAGCCCUCCAUUGCUGCUGUCGUUGGCAGUAUGGAUGGCCACCCCAGCCGGUACUGUGCCACCGUUCGGGUGCAGACCUCCCGUCAGGAGAUCUCUCAGGAGCUCCUCUACAGUCAGGAGGUAAUCCAGGACCUUACUAACAUGGUGCGAGAGCUGCUGAUCCAGUUUUACAAAUCUACCCGCUUCAAACCCACUCGGAUCAUCUAUUACCGUGGAGGCGUAUCUGAGGGACAAAUGAAACAGGUAGCUUGGCCGGAACUAAUAGCAAUUCGAAAGGCAUGCAUUAGCUUGGAAGAAGAUUACCGGCCAGGAAUAACCUAUAUUGUGGUGCAGAAAAGACAUCACACACGACUCUUCUGUGCAGAUAAAACAGAAAGGGUGGGGAAAAGUGGCAAUGUACCAGCAGGCACUACAGUGGAUAGUACCAUCACACAUCCAUCUGAGUUUGACUUUUACCUCUGUAGUCAUGCAGGAAUUCAGGGAACCAGCCGUCCUUCACAUUACCAGGUCUUGUGGGAUGACAACUGCUUUACCGCAGAUGAACUCCAGCUACUGACCUACCAGCUGUGUCACACCUAUGUGCGGUGCACACGCUCAGUCUCUAUUCCAGCCCCUGCCUACUAUGCCCGGCUUGUAGCAUUUAGAGCAAGGUAUCAUCUGGUGGAUAAAGAUCAUGACAGUGCGGAAGGCAGCCACGUGUCAGGACAGAGCAAUGGCCGUGAUCCUCAGGCCUUGGCUAAGGCCGUGCAGAUCCACCAUGAUACCCAGCACACGAUGUAUUUUGCCUGAGAGUCUCAGAAAAAGAACUUAACCAAUUUGACACCCCAUGCAGCCUCAAAAUGUUUCAAAUGUCUACCACCUCUAGAUAGAGCCAAGUUGACUUCAGGUGGUCUUCUACCAGCAGCUCGGAAUAGUUGCACUGAAUUUAUACUUCGCAGCACUGUCUGAUUCAUCAACACAAUUGAGCCAUUUUUUAAAAAAGUAAUAGAUACUCAUAGAUUAUCUUUUCUGAUGCACUGGACUGAAUUUUUACCUCAGUGUGCAAAGGCUGAUCAGCCUGAACUUUCUAAAGGACUUUACAGGAAAGGUUUCUAUAGAAUAUUUUGCUAGCUGUGGUGUUCACGGCAUCCCUCUAGUCUUAUAAGAGAAGAUUAUUCCUUUUUUUUGGUAUUCAUCCAGUGGGGUGUAUGCAUAAGUGGGAGAGAGAAAUCAAACAAUCUACUUCAGUUCAGUGUAACUUUUUAAUUGUAUGGGUCCAUAGACUUUUUAAUGGAGAUUUCUGACUUCACCACUGUAAAUGCCUUUAAUGAGCAUUAAUUUUUGAAAGUUUUACAGAGUUUUAUUAGUUUUACUACUUUAUCUUAUUGAUCUCUGCAGACUUGUGCUGGUGCAAGUACAGGCUGCCAGGCAAUUGCACUAUAUUUGGCUGUAGAUUCAGACAGGCAGUUCUCUUAUUUAGUUGACCUUUGUAAAUGUGUAACAUAAACAGGUAUAAUGCAUGUCACACUGACAGAUAACACUGCCAUGGUAAAAGUACUCAUGUCUCCCCGUCUCUGAAAAAAAAAAUUAGCUUUUAGUAUUUUCCAAGUUUUCAGAAGUGCCCAUUUUAUGCUGCUGUGUGGUUUGUUAGAUCUAAAUGAUUUUUAAACUUUUCUCAUACAAAGUUAACUUUGGCAAUAAACAUUUUUUAAGGGCCCUCCACUUCUUCCCCCUGACAAUGUCAUUUUCUAGAUGAAAUUUUGGUAUGAUUUUUUUCAACUCUUUCUUAUAUAUCACAAUCUGGCAAUUUCUGAAACCAGUCAGAAAAGACAUAUAUCUCCAUGCCUUUUUAAAGACUUAUUUUUACCUGUUUUAUAGCCACAGUUGGUCUCCUGUCAUUUUGUUUUAAAAUAGGCUAGAACCAGGAUGCUUCCUUACUGGAUAGGCCUUGCCAGUCCUUAAGGAACAUUGAGUGAUGCUGCAACUUGCAAAAAUGUACCAGCAUUUAAAGCCCUCCCCCCGCCCCCGCCCUAGAAUCAAAGUUACUCACACAAUUACUUGCAGUGCAAAUUUUUUGCCUCUCUUUCAACCUGAAAUGUACUUGGUGGGGUUUCCUUCCCUUUAUUAAACUAAAACUGUAUAGAAAAG